AUGUGCUCAUGGGCUCCACUACAGUUAGCAUUGCCAAGAAGGAAUAGGAGUAGAAUAAUCAUCACUACGCGAAGAGGGGAUAUAGCCUAUUCACUGAAAGAUGGAUCCGUUGAUGUCCAUCCCAUUCAGCAUCUAUCUCUAGAAAAGGCUAAGGAACUCAUUCACAGAAUCGCCUUUCCAGGAUCUCGUAUAUGCCCUCCAGCUUUAGCUACACUGUCCAAUGAAAUUCUAGGAAAAUGUGAAGGGCUACCAUUGGCAAUCAAUGAAAUUGGUCACCUUUUGUCAACUAAGGGGGAAAGGGAACCUGAAUGGAAAAAAUUGCGUGAUAGUCUUGCAUCGGAACUGACAAGCCAUGGCCGGCUUGCAAAUAUUGCAAAAGUGUUGAUUCUUAGUUAUGAUGACUUACCUUACCAUCUUAAAAACUGUUUUCUGUUGAUGAAUACUUUUCCCCCUAAUCACCCCAUCCAGCGCACAGAGCUAAUACGGUUAUGGAUAGCAGAAGACUUCAUCACAGAAGGGAACAAUGGAAAAGAACUCGAAGAUUUGGGGGAAGAAUACCUGAACGAGCUCAUUCAAAGAAACUUGGUUCAGGUGUGGCAAAUGGACAUCGAUGGGAGACCAAGAACUUGUCAUGUUCAAAAUAUUAUUCAUGAGAUUGUUCUCUCACAGCUUCAAGAUGAAAACUUUUGUGAAGUUUAUCCGGAUCAAGGUACGUUUGACAUCAGUAAGGAGAGGGUCAGGCGAAUAUCGAUUCAUAAAGGUGAUCUAGGCCAGCUGUGCCCAAAUCUUCGUGCUCGCGCUUUGUUAAAGUUUGGCCGAUCAGCACCAUGCCAGCACUCCAUUCCAAUUGGCUAUUCAAGCUUAAAGAUGUUGAGGGAAUUGCAUCUGGAGGGUGCAAACUUGGACAUGUUUCCUGCAGACAUUGAAGAACUAUUGUUGUUGAGGUACUUGUGUUUGAGGAAUACAGGAAUCAGAAGCAUUCCGAAAUCAAUAGGAAAGCUUAAGCACCUUGAAACCUUGGACCUCAAACAAACAUUAGUCAGAACGCUGCCAAAAGAAAUAUGCCAUCUUUCUAAGCUUCGUUACUUACUUGUUUACAGAUAUGACAUUAAAGAUUAUGUGGCAUUUAACACAAUUAAAGGAUUUGAGGUCGCAGGAGAGAUCACGCGGUCUGCCAAUCUUCGCAAGCUACUGUUUGUGCAAGUCAAUAAAAAUCACAAAAUCAUUGUUGCAAUGCGAGGCCUCAGAGAACUGAGAAGGCUGGGAAUCAUGGGUUUGCGCAAAGAAGAUGGAAGGAUCUUGUCUGAGACUAUUCAAAUGCUGCGAAAUUUGCAUUCUUUGAAUGUGGCAGCAGAAAAUGAGGCGGAAGUUCUAGACAUGCAAGAAAUUUCUCAUCCUCCUCGACUCCAGCGUUUGUAUUUGAAUGGAAGACUGGAGAGGAUGCCUAUCUGGAUUUCCGAACUUCAUGAUCUGGUAAGGCUUCGUUUGAAGUGGUCUCGGCUGGAUCAACAGUUCAGCAAUCCCAUUAAUAUCCUUCAAGAUCUUCCUAAUUUACUAGAACUCCAGCUGCUUGACGCCUACAAUGGGGACCAAUUGGAUUUCAAUGCUGGCAAAUUUCAGAAGCUCAAGAUACUGGAGUUAGAGCUACUUCAGCAGCUGAAAAUGGUCAUAAUGGAACGCAAUUCAUUGCCUUGUCUACAAAAGCUGAUCAUAAGGCGAUGCGGUCAGUUAGAGCAGAUUCCAGUAGGUAUAGAUGACCUCAGCCAACUCAAGGAGAUUCAUUUGCAUGAUAUGCCGAAAAAUUUUGUCUCCAUGCUCGAGAAAAAUGGUGGCAGUCUUUAUCAUCUUGUACAUCAUGUGCCAUUAAUACGUUCUUAUGAUGCUCAGAAUGGUGGACGGUGGGAUGUGAAAGAUCUUUCUGAUUGA